UGGGUUUGUUCGCCGAAUGUCGGAUUCGUACGAAGAUGACGUCAAAAUCGAAUCUUGUUGGGAUCUUAAUGGUGAUGAUGAUGAUGCCAUGGAGAUUGGUAGAAUCAAUGAGAUUCGAUCUGGAAUCAGGAAACACCAAAUGCAUAUCCGAAGACAUCAAAGCCAAUGCGAUGACUGUCGGAACUUACAGCAUCGUCAACCCCGCCGACGGUUCUCCUUUGCCCGAUUCCCACAAACUCUCCAUCACUGUGACGUCGCCCAAAGGGUUAAACCAUCACCAUAGCGAUCGUGUCGAAUCGGGAAAUUUCGCGUUCACGGCGGAUGAAUCCGGAAAUUACAUCACGUGCUUCGUGGUCGCCGGUUUUCAGCCUCCGGUGAAACUCUCCGUCGAUUUCGAGUGGAAGAGUGGUUUUGCCGCCAAAGAUUGGACCAAGAUCGCCAAGAACGGCAAGAUCAAUAUGAUGGAAGUGGAGCUAAGGAAAUUGCUAGAUACGAUCAAAGCUAUACAUGAUGAAAUCUUUUAUCUCCGGGAGAGGGAAUGGGAAAUGCAGCAGUUAAACCGGUCGACGAAUUCGAGAAUGGCGGUUUUGAGUUUAUUGUCUAUUUUGGUUACGUUGUCAGUGGCCGGUUUGCAGCUGUGGCAUCUCAAGUCAUUCUUGCAAAGGAAGAAGCUUCUCUGAACAAUUUCUCUCUUAACCGGCCGGUUCUCUUGUUUUCUCCGGUUUAGUUUAUUUUGUUAAUCCAACGGUUAGCAAUCUUGAGUUUUGAGAAACUACCAGCUCGCUUUCUGGGUGUUAUUGUAAUUUUUUCCCUCUGUUUGGUUAUAUACAUAUAUAUAUGUCAGGUGGAAUUCGGAUUAGGAUUACGCCAUUUCCCGAACAAAUAUCAACGGAUAUCCGAAUCGGCCGAUCAAACGAAGCAGCUGGAGCCAU